AUGGAGGAUUCUCUGUUGCAGGCCGAUAUCCUGUUGUGGAAGAAGCGCUCUCGGGCCAGUCUUAGGAAGCAUUACAGUGUUCGAAAUUUGGCCGCUCGAGAGCUAUACGAUACAGAGAAAUCGUUCGUUGAAGGCCUGGAAUUCCUCAUUACGUUUGCAAAGCAAUCGAUGAUCGAAACGUACAUCUCGUUCGUAGACAACUUCAAAUUCGCUAAAGCUGCUAUCACACAAGCUCGUGGGAAGCCAUCGUUCGAGAAAUACUACAAUGUAGGUUUCCCUAUAAAAAGACGAUAUUUAGGAUGGGCUGCUUAG